CCUCGUGUAGUAACGUUGUUAACGUCAUGAAAGUUUUUUUGAUAUUUUUUGCCGUGUGUGUUUCUCUAUCGCUUGCGACUGACUACUGUAAACUGUCGUGUACCACAGUAAAAAAUAAUAAAACAAUAGUUGAAGAAAACUCAAGAUGUAACUGCUCACCAGUCAAAGACUGUACAGUCCAUCCGAUGACGGAUGAGAUUCGGAACUCAAUCGUGGACUUGCACAACCGUGUAAGAAGUCGAUUGGCGACCGGUAAGGAACCGUUAUACCCUAAAGAGGUUGCCAACAUGCGCGAGAUGUCGUACGACAUGGAACUGGAAAAGAUGGCGGAAUGUCAUGCCAACAAAUGCAAGAAGGGGCAUGACACAUGCCGAAAAACCGAGGAAUUUCCAAGCGUAGGUCAAAAUAUUUUCAAGGUUUCCGGUAAAAUAUUUGAUGAUAAAUGGCUCUCCUUAAAUAGAACUCAGAAAAUAAAGGCUUGGUACAAUGAAAUUAAAGACAUGGAUCCUACUGAUUAUGAUAAUUACCAAGCGUGCGUCGCUGUAUCGCUUGCUACUGACUACUGCGAACUGACGUGCGAGAAAUAUGAAAAAGGUAAAAUCAAAAAUGAAGUCAACACCAGGUGUUUACAUGAAGACUGUUCGCCAGUACAAGGUUGUAAAAACCAUGCAAUGACAGACGAGAUUCGUCAAAAAAUUCUCGACGUGCACAACAAACUAAGAAGCAAAAUAGCUAGCGGUACGGAACCACUGUACAAAGGCGAGGUGGCCAAUAUGCGCGAGAUGUCGUACGACAUGGAUCUGGAAAAAAUGGCGGAAUGUCAUGCCAACCAAUGCAUGUUCUCACACGACAAAUGCAGGCGCACCCCGGCCUUUACGCGAGUUGGGCAAAAUAUAUACCAGUCGUCAUCAAGUGUUUUCUGGCAAUCAUGGCUUUCUGAAAACCAAAUCUACAAAUUGAAGAUGUGGUACGAUGAAAUCAAAGAUAUGGAUAACAGUAAUUAUGCCAACUACCAAAACAAGCAUAAACCUGGCGCAGUAAUUGGCCACUUUACGCAAUUCGUCUGGGCAGAAUCCUAUAAAAUUGGAUGUGCAAGAUCAUCAUCUGAGAAAAACCAAUUUCUCAUCAUUUGCAAUUAUGGACCAGCUGGUAACUUUAUAAACAAUCCAGUAUUUAUUUCGGGCAGUAAAUGCUCGGAAUGUCCGCCAGGCACAACAUGUAGUGAAAACUAUGACGGACUUUGUUCUUGAAUAACCAAAUAAAGUAUCAAUUUUGACCACGUUUGUUUGAUUUAAAUUCCUUCUCCUAGAUAUUUUUCACUUUAGUUUAAGUACCC